UUCAUAUUUUAAGAUCAGAAUCUCUCUCCUCUCCUUUCUCUCCUUCUCUCCCUUUGCCUGUUUUUCUAUCAUAUUAUAUUCCUUUUUAUCUCUUAAAAAACCACAUUUUUCACAAACAACUGACAAGAAUAGCAAUGGGUUUCGCUCAAACUUUUUUCAAAAAGAAAAAGAAAGGUGAAAACAAUUCUGGAGAUGCAAAUGGGCACCAUGACAAUCCUUUAUAUGAAUCUUUUUCCUCUUCAAUCCGGUCACAGAAUACCAAUAUUGAAGAGCUUGAACAAGUUUUUAAGAAAUUUGAUGUAAAUGGUGAUGGCAAGAUUUCAUCAUCAGAGUUAGGAUCAAUGAUGGGAAGCUUAGGCCAACAAGUUACAGAGGAAGAAUUGCAAACAAUGAUAAAAGAAGUAGAUGCAGAUGGUGAUGGAUUCAUUGAUUUCAAUGAGUUCAUUACUCUUAACACAAAAGGCAUAGACUCUGAUGAAGUUCUACACAAUUUGAAAGAAGCAUUUUCUAUUUAUGAUGCUGAUGGAAAUGGUAAAAUUACAGCGGAUGAAUUGCAAAUGGUGAUGAAGAGUUUAGGGGAUGAUUUCUCUAUAGGUGAGUGCAAGAAAAUGAUUAAUGGUGUUGACAGGGAUGGUGAUGGAACGAUUAAUUUUGAUGAAUUUAAAGCAAUGAUGAUGAUGGGUGCACGGCUUAAUAAUUCAAUGAGCAGCGAAUAAUAAAUAGAAAGGAAACAUUAAAAGAUAUUCACAUGAUCAAUUACAUGCAGUAUUUUUUUAUGCAAAUGCCUCUAAUUUUAAGUUUUCUCCAUUUUUUUCUUAUGGCUGUGACAAUUGAAAUUAGUUUA